AUGUUUGGGACCGACGGCUUUUACAUCUUCACCUCGCUGCGCUACGAUCCCAGUCUACAGCAGGUACCCAGCAGGGGCUUUCAACAUGCUGCAUGGAAUUACAAUCACGUAUCUCCCUUUUACUGUCUAGACUAUCACCGCGAUCGCCUCCUUCAGGCCGCCACGCACUGGGAAUGGCAAUCCGCCAUCGAUGCCCUCACCGGCGAAGAGGCUCUCACUAGGCUCGCUGACUCUGCCAACGAGUUCCUCGGAACGUCUCAGAUGACACCAGUCCGACUCAGAAUCAUCGUGCACGCCCAUGGCACAAUUGAGUUUCAAAAGUUCGACACGCCGGAUGCUGCCCUGCAAAAUCUGUUUCCCUCGCGUCUACCCGCACCGGGCGCCACGCCAGGCAGCAUGGAGGCACGGCGCCUCGUGGUGUACGCCUUGCUUCGAGACGAUGCUUCCAUCUCGCGUUCCGAGUUUACGCAUCAUAAAACAUCCAAGCGAGACGUGUAUAACGAAGCACGAGAUCGUGCCGGCAUCAAAAUGGGUGAGCGCAAGGAAGUGCUCAUGGUCAAUGCCGAAAACGGUGAAGUCAUGGAGGGUAGCAUCACCACCCCGUACUUUUGGCGAAACAAUCGAUGGGUGACGCCUCCAGUCUCAGCCGAGUUCAGCUCCAGCCUGGGCAGCGGGGGCAACAACGGGACAUCAAGACGAUAUGCCCUCGAAAACAAACUCGCGGUAGAAGAGCCUGUCAAGGCCGAGGCUUUAGUUGACGGCGAGGAAUGCUGGAUAAGCAAUGGUGUGUCUGGAUUUAUUGCUGCCCAAGUGCAGCUGAGCAAGUAG